AACAGACAAAAGAAAAAGACUGGAAAAUCGAAAGAAAAAAAAAGCCCUAUAAACCAAAAGCAAGAAGCAGCUGAUCUCAACUACAAUUCCGCAAAACAGCAUCGAGCGUUUUAGGGUUUACAGCAUCUCACCGAUGCGACCUAAUUGUUGCCACAUUUCGGUGGCUUUCGUUCUCAAAUUCCUAAACUUCCUUCAAGCAUUCCUUGGGGUCUCAAUCGUUCUGUACUCCGUAUGGAUGCUGAAUCAAUGGAAUCACCACCUUCCUAUCUCUCCACCACCUUCAGCUCCCUCUCCGGAUCAGUCUCUCUACAUUCUCUCCGAUUCACACGCGCAAAUACAUACGCUUAGGGUUUCUGAUGGCGGGAUAGCCUCCUCGAAUUUAGCAACCCAUGUGGUUUCUAAGUUCGAUGAUCACUUUGGGUUCGAAUUGUUGAAUUCUCUCAAGCUUCCGGCCCCCUGGUUCAUCUACGCUUUUAUGGGAGUGGGUGUUUUAUUGUGUUGCAUUACUUUCAUUGGUUGCAUUGCAGCUGAAGCUAUUAAUGGCUGUUGCCUUUGUUUUUAUACCCUACUGAAAACUGUCCUCAUUCUACUAGAAGCAGCUUUAGUGGCAUUCAUUGCAAUUGAUCGCCAUUGGGAAAAGGAUCUGCCAGUGGACCCAACUGGAGAACUUGAAAGCCUCCGAUCUUUCAUUGAAGACAAUGUUGAUAUAUGUAAAUGGGUUGGCAUUACUGUGCUUGUAAUUCAGGUACUCUCUCUAUUACUAGCAAUAAUUCUACGAGCCAUGGUUUCUACUCGAAGAACUGAUACCGAUGGCGAGGAUGAUUACGAGAAUGUUAGGGGUAAAACAUGGGAGCCACUUUUGCAUUCGCGUUCUAGUCAAGCAUCAGGCUCUACUGCAACUCACUCUGAUGUCUGGAGCUCACGGAUGAGAGAAAAGUAUGGAUUGAAGAACAAUGGUGAUAAGACAAAUUUAUUAAAUCAGAAUUCCACAGUGAGCGUGAAAUCCACCUAAUCUGAGAUCGUUACUCUUUCCAUCUCAUAACAUAGAAAAGAAGGCAGCAAGUGUGCUCUGUGAAUUGUUCGAGUGCGAAUUUAGAGGGGUUCGAGUGUAAAUGACACUGUUCUAUAUAACUCCUAGCAUUUCUAUUUGAAAGUUAUGAUGUGUGUAUAGGUGUCGGUGUAGUUGGCCGAAAUGCUUUGUACGGAUUGACCAAAGUGAUAGUUGGAUUGAAGGUAAUGACUUUGCAACUUGAUGAAGCUUCUGGUUUUGCUUUAUUAAUACUGUGUUCUUGUUUACCAUGUUUAUGCAUAUGCUUCUUGGAAGUGAAA